CUAACAUGUAAGCCAAUCCCUCUUCGCGUUCGUACAACCACUGCCGCAGAAAGAUGCCGGAUCACAUUCGCUCGGACACUGACACUGCCGAAGGACAGGAACAAAAUGUCCUUAUUUCAAUGCCUGCAACAAAACCAGAGGUCUCUGAAGAGUGCAGCAAGACAGAAGGAAAUGAAGAAAGGUUGCUAUACCCGAUCAGGUCCGUGCCCGCUAUACCAACCACAUUGAUUUUUGCGCUACAGCAAAGUGUCAUGUGCAUCACGUGCAGCGUUUCCAUUCCUCUGAUCGUUGUUAAGCUCAUCUGUGCCGUGGACAACCAAGAGGUGCGGGCGGAACUGUUCAGCGCAACAAUAUUUGCUUGUGGGGUAGUAACACUGCUACAGUGUAGCGUUGGAGUUAGACUUCCAAUAAUCCAAGGCAGUAGUUUUUCAUUCAUAGCACCGUUAAUAGCCAUGCUUACAAUUGAGGGAACGAAAUGUGACGAUGAAAAUAUCAUAAAAGAUGACAGCAGUGCGUAUUUCAACAUAACACCUAAUGGCACCGACGCAAUGGACAGGGAGGCCAUUUGGCAGGGAAAGCUUAACGAAGUCCAGGGAAGUCUCAUGGUUGCCUCCCUCGUUCAAGUGAUCUUAGGUGGUACGGGAGCGAUCGGCGUUCUGAUGAACUACAUAGGACCCCUCACUAUUGCGCCUACCGUAGCCAUGAUUGGACUGUCGGUAUUUGAUGUGUGCGCGGAUUAUGGAUCAGUCCACUGGGGGAUAUGGGCACUAUCCCUAGCUGUAGGGUUUAUUUGCGCUGUUUACAUGAGGAAUGUCAAAGUACCCUUUUUAUGGUGGAAUAGAGAAAGUGGCUGCCACAAAACCAGUUGCCAGAUAUUUGUCCUGAUACCGGCUAUAUUCAUGAUAGUGAUUGCCUGGAUAGUGAGUCUCAUUCUGACUUUAACUGGAGCUCUCCCAGACGAUCCUGGACACCCCCAAUACAAGGCACGGACGGACGCUUACGUGGGUGGGAUUCACACCGCAAAAUGGUUUUUCGUGCCUUAUCCAGGUAAAUAUGGCCUUCCAACCGUCACUGUGGGUGGUGUAAUCGGCAUGAUUGCCGCCACUAUAGCUUCCACCAUAGAGUCUAUAGGGGACUACCACGCAUGCGCCAGUGUAUGUGAGAUGCCAUCCCCUCCCUCUCACGCCGUCAACAGAGGCAUCUUAAUGGAGGGUAUCGGUAGUAUUAUAGCUGCUAGUGUAGGGACUGGGCAUGGUACAACGUCUUACAGCCAGUGCAUUGGUGUCAUUGGAAUAACAAAGGUUGGCAGUUUGAGGGUGUUCCAGACAGCAGGUAUAUUGAUGAUAGUUCUUGGAGUCAUUGGAAAGUUUGGUGCCACCCUGGCAGCCAUUCCCGACCCCAUCCAAGGCGCCAUUAUCACCUUGGGGACAGCCAUGGUGAUCUCAGUGGGUCUGUCAAACCUGGAGUUCAUCGACAUGAGAUCCUCCCGUAAUAUGGCCAUCCUAGGAACAUCACUGAUGUGUGGCCUUCUGGUACCGUACUGGAUGAGGAAGAAUCCAACAGCGGUCAGAACGGGUGUAAAUGAGAUUGACCAACUGUUCACUGUAUUUUUGACCACGCCCAUGUUCAUAAGUGGACUUCUGGGCUUUUUCCUGGAUAAUACAGUCCCAGGUACUGUAGAAGAAAGAGGAAUUAAAAGAUGGAAAGAAAGUCUUUCUGGAAAUUCGACAGCAACUUUACAGGGAAGCAUGAAGGAUUACGACAUUCCGCUUGUGUCUGAAUGGAUGAGAAAAAUAAAAUGUUUUAAACUCGUGCCCUGUUUACCUCCGUAUCAAGAGAGGACUUUGCAAGCUUGCGGCAAAGUUCUUAGACGAAACAAAAACAAACGAAACAAAUAGAUUAAUUGCCUCCGCAGCGAGCAACAUAUGACUUUGAAUUUACAUGGUACAUAAAGUUAUGACACACUGUCAAAUACUAGGAUAAACAGUAUAUAUUUCAUAGUUUCUUAAAUAAGUAAAUUAAUUUAAUGAAUAUUCAGAAAAGGUAUCCGAACGUUUGUUAUGUUCACAAUCACUUUUGUGACGUAUUCUUCCAUGUAUAAGUUUGUCCCGAUCACCUGUCUUUAAAAGGGGGUAAAUGACAUUGAGGUCCCUCCCCUUACUGAUAUCGUAGUUCCUUCCUGGUUACUAUGAAG